CUAUUGCUUGAUGGCUACAGUUGGAUAUUGUGCUGCUCAUGUGAUGCAAAUAGAAAGCAAUUUGUUGAAGCCCUACCUAAUAAUAUACAAUUAGAUCCUCAAAAAGAUAUACCAUAUCCCAGUUGCUUACACAUAUUAGCAAUGGAAAAAUAUCUGGUUGUGUAUGAUAGAAAGUUUGGUAUUGAAGCCAAUGAUUUUAUUGAAAAAAAAUCCACAUCCAUGAUGCAGUCUGUUUUCAGUGAUCAUUCCUACCAUGAGAUGCAACCUGAAGAAGAUUUGUUUAGUGCAGUGUGCAGGGAGGUUCAGUGGAUUGCUGUAAAACCAGUGAAUAGUCCAUGGGGGGUUUGUACUUUUGUGUAUUCAAAAAUAACGCCGCCCCAGCCCAAGUUAAAAUGUUGCAGCUGUUCGUCAUAUCAUUGCAUUCAUGUGACAACCCUUGUAAAAGCCAUGCAAAUCGUUGACGAGGAUGAAAUGGAUUCUCCAUUGGCACUUUUUAAGUUUUCCUUUGGAAUUACACCAGAGAUCAAACAAGUAGACAACGCGUACGACACCCCUUGCUCACCUCCUCCACCUUUCUAUCCGAUCGACACUGUUGGGGCAGAAUGUGUGGACCCUGCGUCCGUUUUCCCCCAUCUCAUACACACUCAGGAUUUCCCAAAUGGUGAAUCGUCUUCAGGUAUUAAAUUUUCGACAAGACCGUCGAAUAAUUCUGCCCCGAAUAGUAUAGUCAAACGAAAAUGCCCCGAACCUUGUAGCAAUAGCAAUGAAAACAAAAACACAGUUAAAGCUCUUCGGAACAACAUUCAACCGAUCGCCAAACGUCCGAGAAUGAAUCUUAAACGACAACAACAAGCGAACAAAGAAAACAAAGUGGAAAGCGCACAGAAAAGACCUGACUUAUCUAUUCGGCUUAAUGUAAAGGACAAGAGCACAGAUGACCCGGAAUGCAAGCGAAAUGUUCACAACGUCCUCGAACGCAAGCGAAGAAACGAUUUGAAGUACAGUUUUCAACUUCUACGCGACAGCAUGCCUGAACUUAAAGGUUUAGAACGAACCCCCAAAGUGGCAAUACUAAGAAAAGCAACGGACUGUAUAUCAAAGCUAACUUCCGAACAGGAACGAUUACUUGAAGACAAGACGAUGCUCGAGAAACGAAAGCAGUCACUACAUGAAAUGUUACAACGACUAAAGCAAUUAUCGUAG